UGUGGUGAAAGUGGCUGAAAGAAUUUUGUCGGAAUACCUAGCCCACAAGUACGAAUCCACCGUUGAAAUUUUUUUUAAUGGAAAAAGCAGGAACGAAGCUGCCGAAUUUCUGAAAAAAUUUUAUUGUGAAGUUCGAAAAAGAGAUGGGACAAUAUAUGCGAGAUCUACAAUGAUAGCAAUGUGAUUUGGAUAACAGAGAGUUUUUCUAAAAUCUUACAAGUGGGACAUCAUAAAUGACAGUGAUUUUAAAGGUGCUAACAACAUGUUCAGUGCUUGUUUGAUGAAAAUAAAGAAGGAAGGUAUCCAAACAGAACAUAAAACACUGAUUUCUGAUGCUGAUAUGAAAAAACUUUACAAAUCUAAUGUAUUUGAUACAACUACACCCAGAACUUUACAACAAAUGGUAUUUUUUGAAAUCAUGAUGUUUUUUUGCAAUCGGGGACGACAGAAUCUACGCAAUAUGAAACCAACGGAUUUCCAAAUUUGUGCAGAUUCGGAGGGGAGGAGAUAUGUCGGAAGCAAUGUGUCCAGGCUUACUAAAAAUCAUCGUGAAGCUAUAGGAGACCAUGACAAUACGGCUGCUAGAAUGUACGAAAAACCCGGUAAUCCAGCAUGUCCCGUCAGCAGUUUUGAGAAGUACAUAUCGAAGCUAAAUCCAGCAUGUGAGUUUCUCUGAAAAAAUGUGGCAGAUCAAGCAGGAGUCAGACAACAUGGUUGUGGGAAAAAAUACUCUUGGGCUGUAUGAUGGCGACAAUAAGUAAAGAUGCCAACUUAUCUUUUGUUUACACUAAUCACUGCAUCAGGGUCACGCGUAUUACCUUACUUGACGAGAGCAGAUAUGAGGGUAGACACAUCAUCGGAAUAUCUAAACAUAAGUCAGAGACGAGUCUAAAGCAUUAUUCUUCACAUCUCAGUGAAAAUAAGAUCCAUGGCAUGUCCAACGCUUUGUCCGAAAAAAUUCUUCCCCAGACUGUGACAGUCACCGAGAAAACAACACUCACAGAGCAGACAACUUCGGAAGAAUCUGUGUUAAGUUUGAGUGACCUUGAUUUAUUAGAAAUACCAAUGCUGCCUACAAACCUCGAAUCCCCAUAUGAGAAAAAUGCUCAAAAACAAGACUUUAAUUCGUGCAACUUCAACCAGUGUACCAUUGUCUUUAACAAAUACA